UUGUGGACUCGCUCACUCUCAUCCUCAACUCUGUCAAAAUGACCGUCUCUUCCUUCUUCAUCAGAGCUUCAAGAGCCUUCCAUGGAUACCCUGUUGCUCCCCAGCUUCUGCUGCUCGGCACUAUCAGUGGUGGAGGUGUUGUGGCGUAUGCAGAUUCACAGUCAGAUGUUGGCUCUCCUCCUAUUGAUUCUAAUCGCAAUGAGGUUAAGAAAAAGAAAGUAGUGGUUCUUGGGACAGGAUGGGCUGGUACUAGUUUCCUUAAGCAUGUGGAUGCUUCACGCUAUGAUGUUCAGGUUGUUUCACCCAGAAACUAUUUUGCAUUUACCCCUUUGUUACCUAGUGUCACAUGUGGAACAGUUGAAGCACGAAGCAUAGUAGAACCAGUGCGUAAUAUUGUAAAGAAGAGAAGUGGAGAGGUCAAAUAUUAUGAAGCAGAAUGUGUCAAGAUUGAUGCUGCAAAUAAGAAUGUUCACCUCCGGGCUAAUACAGAUAACCCAUUGAUAGGAACUCCUGAAUUUUCCCUGGAAUAUGACUACUUGAUCGUAGCUAUGGGAGCACAAGUGAACACAUUUAACACCCCUGGAGUAAAGGAGAACUGUCACUUUCUGAAGGAAGUAGAAGAUGCUCAGAAGAUUCGUACCAGUGUUAUAGAUUGCUUUGAAACUGCUGUGCUUCCAGGUCUCAGUGAUGAGGAGCGGAGGAGGAAUCUUCAUUUUGUAAUUGUUGGAGGGGGUCCUACUGGUGUUGAAUUUGCUGCAGAGCUGCAUGAUUAUUUCCAAGAAGAUUUAGUCAAAUUAUAUCCUAUGGUGAAGGAUCUUGUGAAAAUAACAUUAAUCCAAUCAGGAGAUCAUAUCUUAAACAUGUUUGAUGAAAGAAUUAGUAAUUUCGCUGAGACCAAGUUUCAAAGAGAUGGUAUUGAUGUUCAAACAGGAUGCCGGGUUGUCAGUGUUUCAGAUAAGGAAAUCCAAGUGAAGGUGAAAUCAAAGGGAGAGGUCUGCUCUGUUCCACAUGGAUUGGUGGUGUGGUCUACUGGUGUUGGGACUCGUCCAGUUGUGAGAGACUUUAUGGAGCAAGUUGGACAGGCUAAAAGACGUGUUCUAGUAACUGAUGAAUGGUUGCGUGUAAAGGGGUGUGAUGAUGUUUAUGCAAUUGGUGAUUGUGCAACAAUAGAUCAACGUAAAAUCAUGGAGGAUAUCUUGACCAUAUUUGCAGCUGCAGACAAAGACAACUCUGGUACCUUGACAGUUGCUGAAUUUCGAGAUGUAGUAGACGACAUUAUCGUAAGGUAUCCCCAAGUGGAGCAUUACUUAAGAAGCAAGCAUAUGCAGGAUGUGACGGAUCUACUGAAAGAUUCUGAGGGGAAUGAUAGGAAGGAAGUAAAUAUUGAAGAAUUUAAGUUAGCCCUCUCUCUAGUAGAUUCACAGAGAAAGAGUCUGCCUGCAACGGCACAGGUUGCUGCUCAGCAGGGAACAUAUCUUUCUGAUUGCUUUAACCGGAGAGAGCAGUGUGAAGCGAAUCCUGAAGGUCCUCGACAUUUUAAAGGUUCUGGACAACAUCACUUUCUUCCAUUCAGGUACAAGCAUUUCGGUCAAUUUGCUCCGUUGGGAGGUGAGGAAGCAGCAGCAGAGCUGCCCGGUGACUGGGUUUCUAUGGGCCACAGCACUCAAUGGCUCUGGUAUUCUGUAUAUGCAAGCAAGCAAGUUAGCUGGCGUACGAGGGUCCUAGUAGUAUCUGAUUGGACCAGACGAUUCAUUUUCGGCAGAGAUUCAAGCCGUAUUUGACGAUGAUAUAUAAUUCCAGCCAAAUUCGUCAUCAGUGUUUGCACAUGCUUUGUACAUGCGUUCCUGUUAUGUGUUUGAGAGAGACUUCUCUAGGCUGUAGAGCAAAUAUGAUUCAUGGGAGAUUCCUUAAUUUUCUCCUUUUGGUCAGUUUAAUUAUACUUGGACAAAGAUUGAGAAUUUCAUCCAUACUUCUCUAUGAAAUCUCAAUUGUUGAACAA